AUGACAGAGUGUCGUGGCCCCGUCGACACCCCCCGCGGCCCCGUCGCCGCCCUUCUCGGCCCCUCGCGGCCCCUUCACGGCCCCGUUGCCGCCCCUUUCAGGCCCCUCGCGGCCCCUUCGCGGCCCGUCGCCGCCCUUCCAGGCCCCUCGCGGCCCCUUCGCGGCCCCUCCGCCGCCCCUAUCGGCCCCGUCGCCGCCGCCAGCGGCCCCGUCGCCGACCUCUCAAACCCCUCGCGGCCCCUUCGCGGCCCCGUCGCCGCCCCUAUCGGCCCCGUCGCCGCCGCCAGCGGCCCCGUCGCCGCCCCUAACGGCCCCGUCGCCGCCCCUAUUGGCCCCGUCGCCGCCGCCAGCGGCCCCGUCGCCGCCAGCGGCCCCGUCGCCGACCCUAGCGGCCCCGUCGCCGCCCCUAUCGGCCCCGUCGCCGCCUCCAGCGGCCCCGUCGCCGCCACUUGCGGCCCCGUCGCCGCCCCUUUCGGCCCCUCCUCGACCCUGCCCCGGCCCCGCCCCGGCCAUGCCCCGUCGCCAGCCGCGGCGCACCAGGGGCACGGUCUGGGGGUGGCGAGUAGGGGGUGA